AUGGUGAUGUCUCAGGGGACCUACACCUUCCUGGCCUGUUUUGCCGGCUUCUGGUUGGUCUGGGCCGCCAUCGUCAUGCUCUGCUGUUUCUGCAGCUUCCUGCAGCGCAGACUGAAGCGUCGCCAUGAGGAGAGGCUGAGGGAGCAAUGCCUGCGAACUGUAGAGAUGGAGCCACUCAGCUGUCACCCCACAGGAUACCCGCCUCUUCCUCCUCCUCCACCCCCACCACCACCUCCACAGCUGCCCAGGGAGCCACCGCAAUUCUGCCCUCCCCAAACCCUGUCACCGCCUGUUCCUCUUCAGGUUCCUCAUCCCAUGCCGCAAGCAAACUGGGUCACCUUGCCAGACACAGAUAUAUUCGGGAAGCCACCCUGCUAUGAAGAGGCAGUUCUGAUGGAGGAUCCUCCUCCACCCUACAGUGAGGUCUUGGCCGAUCCGCGGGGGGGCACCUUCUUGAAGCCCGCCCCGCCACGAGCCACAGCGCUGCCUCCUCCCAGGGAACACCAGGAUCCUGCUCCGGUGUUCACAUCAGAGACCAGCAAGCCUCCCGUGAUGGCUGUAUUCCCCGAGCGAGGUUACUCCUCCCUGAUACGCCUACCUUCGUCCCAGCGCUGGGACUCCCUGGGUCACCUCCUAUCCAACAUGGACCUGAACCACAACAACCUCACACCACCGGGGGCCCGCUCUAUCCAGGCUGCCACCGCAAUGGCUACCAUGCCCCGCAGAGAGCCCAGGACUCACCAUGAUGGACUUGGGCUCCAAGGUGGAAUACACGGACUCCAAGGAGGCAUACAAGGACUCCAAAGAGACAUACAGGGGCUUCGAGGAGGGAUCCCAGAACUGCAAGGGGGGUUACAGGGGUUCCAAGGAGGGUUACAGGGGUUUCAGGGUGUAAAUGGACUGAGGGGACUGGAGCCCGGCUGUGGCCUGCCAACAGCCUUCCCCCUGCUGGGUCGGAGCACUGCUGUCUAGACCUGGCUGUUCACUGGAGGAGUCUAACCAACUAAUAAGUUGGUCCAUCUAUGAAGAGCCUUCAAGCAGGAGAUCUAUACAGACAGACACAUUUCCUGUCUGUGUGCCUCCUUUGCGGCUCAGUGUUUACAGCACAAACACCACUAGAAGUAGAGAUUUAAUUCCCUAAAGAGUUAAAAGAGUGUGAAAGUGCUGCAAAGAUGUCAGGAGUUCAAUUCCCCUUGCAGCUGCUGUGGGCGAAGGGUGCCGCUUACUCUGCUGGGAUCAGCUCUGCGUGUGAAUAAAGGAGAAAAUUACACACCGUUUCAAACCAGUGUUGCUGAUUCACAGAGGUAUCCUGGUGUCAUAUCGAAGCUAAGCUUCUUUUGAACAGCAGAGGAAGAGAGAACACAUUAACAAGGUAAAAGGAUGAAAUACAAGCCCUGCUGUUCCUCUACCUUUCACACAGACUCCCAUGCCCUUAUUUUCAUCUCUUCCUCCCCUUUUCGUGUCGCCCUCUCGUUCUGCUCGUCCCUCCUCUCCUCUGUCUCUGACUGAGCCACCUAUUGUACCAGUCUGCCGUUGCCAUGGCUCCCGGGAACUGUCUGUUACCCACAACGACCUCUCCUCUUUUAUCGGCUCUGAUUUUUGAAGACUGUUCACAGCUUGUCUCCUCUCAAGGACUGUGAGUACUAACACUUACAAAAAUGAACACGUGGUGACCUUCGACGUCACCGUGUUCGUGACAUUAGAGCCCAAAAGGCCAGUUCUCCCAGUGACAGCCAAAAAACAUACAAACAGAGUACAAGAAGCUAGUCAGAGAACCAAGUGUGCAUGGAUUGCAUUUUGUAACAUGCUUCAUUGUUUUCAGUGUCGUAGUUUGGCCUGGAAAUUAGGGCAGUUUUGGAGAUCAGAGGAUGGUCUGAUUGUUUUUUCAUGUACAAAAUUAUCAUUCUUUUAAGCUUUGUGACAAAUUCCUUUUCUCUUGUGAAAUAAAGACAUCUUCACCU